CUGAAGGAGCUCCUCGAACGGAAUAAUUUACUGUAGCAUAUUGGUUGAAAUGUCCAUGAGCUUAAUAUUAUAUAUAUCUUUUUACCAAUGCUACGGGAAAGAAUGGUCAAAUAUCUCUUCAUUAUUUAUCUAUGGACGGCAGUGGUCUCACAUGGGUCCGUUGUAUGGCAUCCUGAAGGAGUUCAUUUUAACUCUGUGAACCUGAGGAACAUUGUAAAGUGGCAUCCUGGGAAAGACACACCAAAUGACACACAUUACACAGUGGAGUAUGCAAUUUAUGGUGAUAGAAUGGAUAGUGGGGUGACACAGGUGCGCUGGACGGUGAAGAAGCAGUGCAGAGACAUCCCUCAGACCUGGUGUGAUCUAUCCAAUGAGACUACUGACCUGGAUGAAGGCUACUUUGCCAGGGUCAAGGCUGUGGGCACAAACCUAUCCUCCAAAUGGGCAUUCACAGAAAAGAGGUUUGACCCCAAAGCUGACACAACCUUUGGACCUCCACUUGUAAAACUUGUGGUGAAGGAGAAUAGUGUUACUGUCAAGCUGAAGGGUCCAAUGAGAUGGAAGACUGGAAACAUGACAAAAGAGUACUCCUUGUUGAAAAUCUACCCUCAGAUGACAUACAGCCUGUCUGUGUACGACAACAGAAGCAACAAAAUGCAACACUUCACUGUGGAAAACAGAUCCUUUGAAUAUGGGUUGCUUGCCUAUGAAACCCAGUAUUGUGUCUCUGCUAAUUCCCAGGUUCUAUCACUUCCUAUACCUUGGCAUGGAUCUGAAUGGCAGUGCCUAACAACCCCAAAGGAUCCCUUCUAUGACCAGCUGCUACUGAUGCUGAUGGGAGCCGUUGUGCCAUCAGUUAUCUCCAUUUUCACGCUGAUCCUGGCCGGAUGCCUUGUCUACCACUUUGUCUGUGGUAAUAAACAGAAAAGUCCCCCUUUCCUGGAAAUAUCGGACAUUCAGUACCCACCGCAGACCUUCUGUCCUGAGCAUGCUGUGAAAAUGAAUGUGGUACAGGUCAACAUUGCCAAGCCCAUGGAGUUGAUGGCCAUAAAGCCCAACAAUAUCCCUGCCCUGAUCUACCAAACAGAGGGGGAGCCCGUACUACCCUACACUGCCCAGCAAGCCCCUGGCAUAGAGCCUCCUAAGGAGGGAUCAUGGGAAGAUGAGUUCGGUGAGGCCCAACCAGAGCUUCUAGACUACGUCUUCGUUGGAGCGGCCCCAGAGAUGCCGGAAGUGAGGGAAAGGGAGGCAUCUGACAGUGAGAAAACCCUGCCCCUGCGUCUCAGCCAGGUCAACCCGUACAUUGCACAGAGAUGUGCACCAGGUUCACAGGAGCCUGUGGAUAAUGUUUUCACUGGGAUCUGUUUAGACAAGGACCCCAAGACAGGGCUCUUUAGAAUGCCACUGCUGUCUGAUAUAAAGCUGGGGGUGGAGAGCGCAAGUUACAAAGCGCCUGAUCAGGUGGGUCCCUACGCACCUCAGCUCUUCUCAGUCAGAGAGACCACUGUGGACCUGUGGGGAGACAAGGCUGAGGAGCCCCAAAGUUACCCCUCAGACUAUGGCUUCGUGGGAGCAGCCCCAGAGCAGCAGAUGGUGACAACAAAGUACCAGACGCAGUCUAACAAUAGGGAUACUCAGCCCCUGCUGCUAGCCCAGGUCAACCUGUUCAGAAGCCAGAGGCAAGCUCUGUUUCCACAGGAGUCUGAGGAAGAGGAUGGAUUCGGUGGUGGUAACUGUGUUGACUGGAGCCCUACAACAGGGAUCCUCCAGAUGCCUCUGCUCUCCAAGCCUAUUCCAGAAGUGGAUGGAGCGAGGAAGAAGGACAGGGAGUCAGAGCAGGUGGAGAUCUUACCCAGUGUGUUAGUGAGGCAAUCCUCAGAGGAGAGUGAGGGUGAGAGUGACCUGACUAAACUACAGAAUGUCUGGAGCCUACAGAUCAACAUGAAGGACUAACCUAUUGGACAGUUAACCUAUUGGACACACAUUAUUACAGCAAAAAAAAGUUUGUUUACUGUAUGUGGAAGAAUAAUUCAGAUUGCUGUAUGUACCAAUUGAUUCAGUUGCCAAAUCAAAUGAAGGACAUAUUUUUAACUAAUCCAAAAAGGUUUGUAACUGCUUUAGCAAUGUGAUUGUAAUUAACAUAUUUUUGAAGAG